AUGAGCUCUCGAUCAGCAUCUCCCGAACCUGCCGCCGCCGCCGGCGACAGCGCCAACCCGAGCCCGCAAGACCUCGCCCAGCUCCGCAACCUCCUCCGCGAGGUCAAGUCGGGCGUCGCAGCCGUAAAGGACUCGGCAGACACCUGGAAGCACCGCCUCGCGUCGACCACCGACCUCAGCUACCCCUCGGGCAUCUCGCUCCUAUCGCUCAAGAACCACCUCCUCGUGUCGUACCUCCAGCACCUCGUCGCCCUCUUCUCGCUCAAGCUCAACGGCCGGUCCCUUACCGACACGGACGGGCCCGCCACCGUCGUCCACCAGCUCGUCAAGCUGCGCGUCGUCCUCGAGAAGAUUGCCCCGCUCGAGCAGAAGCUCAAGUACCAGGUCGAGAAGCUCGUCCGCAAGGCCGACCAGUACGACGAGGAGGGCGCGCAGAACGAGGAGGACGUGCUCAACGACCCGCUUGCGUUCCGCCCGAACCCGUCCAACCUCGUGCUCGACCGCACCCAGUCCGAGGAGGAGGACGACCUCGAGGCCGAGGAGCGCGCAGGCGUGUACCGUCCGCCCCGAGUCGCCGCCAUGCCUUACAUCGAGGGGCCCGCAAAGGGCAAGCGCUCGAAGCGCGACCGCGACCCGGGCUCGCACCUCAUCUCGGACAUGUCGACCUCGAUGUCGUCGUCGACGCCCUACGCCGAGGCGACCUCGGGCCUGUCGGUCUCGUACGACCCCUCGCUCCAGUCGGGCACGGCGCGCCACCUCAAGAAGCUCGAGGAGUACGAGAUGGACCACUUUACGCGCAAGCACAUGUCGAAGAAGGAGGGCCGCGCACGCCGUGCCCAGGAGGCCGAGGUCGCGUUCGGCGGGCUCGGUGCCGGCGCAGGCGGCAAGCGACGCCUCGGCGGGUUCGGCGCCGAGUUCGACGACAUCCUCGGCGACGACCGCGGCGAGAAGCGGCGCGAGAAGGCGUACGAGUCGAUGCGCGGCAUGAAGCGCGCAAAGGUCGCGCCCCAGGAGCGCGAUCUUGACUCGAGGGGCACGAGCGGUGUCGGCGCGGCGGCGGGCGAGGGUGGGCCGAGGAAGAGGACCAAGUUCGACAAGGCGGUCAAGAGGGCCAACCGCAAGUGAGCGGGCGAGGUUCCCUUUGUACUGUCGCGUGCAACCUGUCCUGCGCUGCGAACAUC